GCGCGUUGGGGCCCCGCGCCGGGGUGAAGGCGGCGGAGGAAGGCGACCGCGGCUGCGCCGCGGGCCGGAGGCGCAUGCGCCGGCGGAGCCCGUGAGGGGCGGGUGCGGCCGUUGAGGGGCGCGCGGAGCGCGGCCGCCCCCAUGCAGGAGAUGAUCGAGAUGGCGGCGGACAAGGAGACGUUCCUGGUCCCGGCCCCGCCGCCGCCCCUCAAGCCCCCGGCCGCGGGGGGAGGGGGCGGCCCCCUGGUGCAGCUGCACCAGGAGGCCGCCUCGGCGGAGCUGCACCAGGGGGCCGCCCCGGCCAAUCAGCGCCGGGAAGGGGGCGGCCCGCGCCAGGAGGCCGAGCCGCCGCGCGGGGACGGCGGCAGGCGCGGAGGCGGCCCCCUCCUGCAGCUGCACGAGGAGGCCGCCCCAUUGGGCCAGCGCCGGGGCGGAAGCGGCCCCCUGGGGCGGCCGCACCAGGAGGCCGCCCUGCACCAGGGGGCCGGCCCCAAGGAGGAGGACAGCGUGGGCGAGCUGCAGCGGCCCCGCAACGGCUUCCAGCCCCACCGGGGCAAGCGGCGGAACAGCUGCAACGUGGGCUUCAAGCACCCGGCCUCCAAGCGCCGGCGCCGGGUCAACUCCGAGUGCGACCCGGUGCUGCCCUCCGAGUUCCUGCUGGGGGGCAACAUCUUCGACCCCCUCAACCUCAACAGCCUCCUGGACGAGGAGGUGAACCAGGCCCUCAACGCCGAGACCCCCAAGUCGUCGCCGCUGCCGGCCAAGGGCCGGGACCCGGUGGAGAUCCUCAUCCCCAAGGACAUCACGGACCCGCUGAGCCUCAACGCCCAGGAUGGCGACACGGCCCUGGUGCUGGCCUCGCCCUUCAAGACGGGCCGCAAGCGCCACCGCCACCGGGGGCAGCAGCGGGGCGGGGGCGGGGCCGGGGCCGGGGACUGCAAGCAGGUGGCCUGCAAGGCUUGCGACGGCGCCUGUCCCACCCCGCAGCCCUACGAACUCAACACGGCCAUCAACUGCAGGGACGAGGUGGUUUCCCCGCUGCUCCCCCUCGCCGCCGAGGGGGCCGGCUGCGUCACCCCUUCUUGUGCCUCCUUCUCCGGCGGCCGCCACCACCGCAAAAGGCGCCGGACUUCUAGCAAAUCAGAGGCGGCCGGGGGGGCCAAGCUACCACCGCCUCCCCCCACCCCGGGCGGGGGCAAAGGCGGGGGCCAGCCGGGCAAGAGUAGCCCGGAAAAGGGCAAAGGGGCCGGGAGGCACCAACAGGUGCCCACGGCCAAGCGGAGGCGUCAGCAGCGGAAAUUCCAAUACGGCAACUACUGCAAAUACUACGGCUACCGGAACCCCAACUGCGAGGACGCCCGGCUGCGGGUCAUGAAACCCGAGUGGUUCCAGGGCAAAGAGGUGCUGGACCUGGGCUGCAACGUGGGGCACCUCACCCUGAGCGUGGCCAAGAAGUGGAAACCCGCCCGGGUGGUGGGGCUGGACAUAGACGGGGCCCUGAUCCACUCGGCCCGCCAGAACAUCCGCCACUACCUGUCCGAGGAGAUCCAGCAGCGACAGGAGGAGGCUGAGGAGACGCCAGCCGGAGACGGCCCCAAGAGGCGGAGGGGCUGCUUCCCCGCCUCGCUGGCGGCCAGUAGGGGACCCAUCGCUGCUCCCCGGGUGCCCCAGGAUGGGGCGGGUGCUGCCGACUUCCCCGACAACGUGAUCUUCGUCCGGGGGAACUACGUGCUGGAGCGGGACGAGCUGCUGGAAACACAGGGUGCCGAGUACGACGUCGUGCUGUGUCUCAGCCUCACCAAGUGGGUGCACCUCAACUGGGGGGACGACGGGCUGAAGCGGCUCUUCAAGCGCAUCUACCGCCACCUGCGGCCUGGCGGCCUCCUGCUGCUGGAGCCCCAGCCCUGGUCCUCCUACGGCAAGCGCAAGAACCUGACGGAAACCAUCUACAGAAACUACUACCGCAUCAAGCUGAAACCGGAGCAGUUCCCCUCCUACCUGACCUCCCCGGAGGUGGGGUUCUCCAGCUGCGAGCUGGUGGCCAGGCCCUACAACAGCUCCAGAGGGUUCCAGCGCCCCAUCUAUCUCCUUCACAAGGGCCACCCCAGCACCCACUGAGGGAGAAGCGGCCGACGCUCGGGACUGGAGCCCCCCGUUUUUUUCUUUGCAUCGGAGGACAGCUGGGCUGAGCCCGACGGACCCGGGGGCGGGCAGGACUGGCCGCCGCGCCCCGAGAUCGGCAGCCCCUGGAUGUGGCGCAUGGCCCCAGGGGCCUCUGGGCAGAGGGCCCGGCCUGCGGGGUUUGCGCUCACCAAGCUGCCAAGGAAUGAAUCCGCCGGGUGAGAGGGGCUGCCCCCUGCUGGACACUGCUUAGCGCUGCAGCCUGGAGAACUGCAUGGGGUGCCCUGUACAGCCCCCCCAGGGGAGGUGAGGAAAGGAGGCCAGGGCCUGGCCCCAGUUGGAGCCCAGCGCACUUCAUUCCACCACAGGGCUGGGGGGGGGGGUGGUGGAACAGUCUGUCCUCCCCCCUCCUCCCAGUCCGCUGUCCAAACUCCCUUGAUCCCCACCCCCACCAGCUCCUCUUUCUGCAGCAGGGAUGGGAGGGGCCCUUUGCAUCUAUUGUUGGGGGGGGGGGGGGGGACGACCAGCCAGGGCAGCAGGUGCCUGGUGGAUCCCUUCCUGCUGGCCCUGGGCCGGUUCCCCCCUGCAGCAGGGGACCCCAGCGGCAUUGCCUGGGGGGGCUGUGUGGGGUGCCCCCCGCGUGUGACGUGGAGUUUUAUCUUUACAGAUGUUGAUUCUAUUAUAUAUAAAUAAAAGCUACCGAUUAUU